AUGGAAAAAGUUAAGAACAUCCAGAUGGAGCUCACUGAAGCAGAACUACAAAGAAAGAUUGAACGGAUCACUCGGGAAAUUCAAGAAGCAAAGGAAGAAGGGCUCAGAGUCGACAUAGCCACCGCAAUUUACAAAGCUGCAACCGUGAUGUUGGAUGAGGAUCUGGCAUCACAGAUGAAAGAAAGAAUGAUGUUGAGAUGGAGACAAAAGAUUUGCGAGAGAAGUUGGACUUUGGUUGAAAGUGAAAGUAUAGAAGCGAGAGACGCGAGGAUAGAUUUGGAGAUUGCGAUGCCUACCGAAAAUUUAGCUAAAUGGCAAAUGUUGUUGAGUGAGUUUGAUACCGUGUAUGUGACUCAGAAGGCAAUAAAGGCAGAGGCUUUGGCUGAUUAUCUUGCUGAAAAUCCCUAUGUGCAGAAAUUGUGCAAAAGAUUCCGUAAAAUCGAGUUCAGACAUACUCCCAGAAUACAGAAUGAAUUGGCCGAUGCUCUUUCCACCAUCGCUUCUAUGAUUAAACAUCCGGAUACUGAUUAUAUUGAUCCUCUGGAUAUAGAGUUGAAAGAACAUCCAGUCUAUUAUUCCCAUGUUGAAGCAGAACCAGACGGUUUGCCUUGGUAUUUUGACAUAAAGAGGAGGACUCCAUAUUUGGGUCUUCUAAGAUGUGUGGAUGCUGUUGAAGCUGUGAAGCUUAUUGAACAGAUACAUGCUGGAGUUUGUGGCACGCAUAUGAAUGGACUCACAUUGGACAGAAAGAUCCUACGAGCCGGAUAUUUCUGCAUGACUAUGGAGAAUGAUUGUUGCAGUUUUGUGCAAAAAUGCCACAGAUGUCAAGUGCACGGUGAUCUGAUACGAGUGCCACCUCACGAACUUAAUGCUAUGAGUUCACCUAGGCCUUUCGUAGCUUGGAGAAUGGAUGUCAUCGGUCCGAUAGAGCCAUCCGCUUCUAAUGGACACAAAUUCAUUUUUGUUGCCGUUGAUUAUUUCACUAAGUGGGUGGAAGCAACUUCUUACAAAUUUGGAGUGACAGAAUCCAUCAUUACCGAUAAUGGGGCAAAUAUCAAAAGUUACUUGAUGAGAGAAAUAUGUGAGCAAUUUAAAAUUACUCAUCGAAAUUCAACUGCUUAUCGUCCUCAAAUUAAUGGAGCUGUAGAGGUCGCCAAUAAGAAUAUCAAAAAGAUUUUGAGGAAAAUGAUUGACAAGCAUCGAGGUUUGCAUGAGAUGUUACCAUAUGCUUUAUUGGGAUACUGCACGACUGUCAGAACAUCAAUUGGGGCCACUCCAUAUUUGCUAGUAUACGGAACAGAAGCAGUCAUACCUGCUGAAGUCGAGAUACUGUUUUUGAGAAUCAUACAAGAAGCUGAGUUGAGUAACGCUGAAUGGAGAGUAAGAGCCAGGAAUUUUGAAGUUGGCCAGUUAGUCCUUAAGCGUAUUUGUCCUCAUCAAGACGAGUACAAAGGAAAGUUCACACCAAACUGGCAAGGUCCUUACAUGGUUCGCAAAGUAUUAUCUGGAGGUGCUUUGGUCUUGGCAGAGAUGGAUAGCACUGUAUGGCCUAAACCUAUCAACUCAGACGCUGUCAAGAGAUACUACGUGUGA